UCACUAGAAAGCGUCCACUCUCGACGCAAGCUGCUUGGUUUGUUGUGAGGUGGAUGUGGCUAGCAGCCAAGCUACCUUAAAAAUGACAAAAUUACAAUUUUUAAAUGUCUUUUUGACUGAGCGUUUGAUGUUGGCUGCACAAGAGAUAUAUAAGGCGGUGGAAGACACAAUAUUAGAGUACCAGGAAGAAAUAAUCCGAGAAAAAAGGGAGAACGAUCAACUGAGACGCAAGCUUAUCGAGGCAGGGACGGAGACAUGGCCGGAAGGGCCAUCCUAUGAGUGUGAGCAGCAAGAAAGGGGAUUCAGUGAGCAGAAAGUGGAACCAGAACCUACAGAUACAAUAGGAAAAGAAGCCUGCACAACUAAGGGGGGGAAGCCACUCCGUGUCCAGUCUCACACGUCAAUUGCUUCUACCAGAAAUGCUAACUAUGAUCCAAACUCUCCUCAGUCUACCUCACACCAUCUGCAAAGCAUCUCUCAAGAAGGGAGCAGGGACCCAGUGGCAAACUCGGCAUAUAAACAUGUCAAAACAGAGACUGAAGGACUGUCCUCAGCAACUCCCACGGACAGCCCAGGUGGCGAUACGAGUCUGAAUCUGGACUGUUCUUCGGCUCAGAGUGACACUUGUGUAAGUAUGAUAGGUUUAGAAGGUGACAUUGGACUACUGUCUGGGUUUGAGGCCCUUCAGAUUCCUCACUCUGAGCAUUUUCUGCAAACACAUGACUCGUCGUUGCGAUGCACGGUUUGUGGGAAGUCCUGUAGACAUCUAGGCCACUUGAACGCCCAUGCACGUGUCCACACCAAAGAGAAGCCCUUUCUCUGCGGCCUGUGUGGUAAAGCGUUCAGCUCCUCUGGGAGACUGAAGGGCCAUCAGCGCAUUCACACGGGGGAGAAACCGUACCAGUGUCACUUCUGCCGGAAGCGGUUUAACCAAACAGCCCAUCUCAAGGUGCAUCUCAGGGUUCACACUGGAGAGAAACCAUUCAGCUGCCCUGUGUGUGGGAAGAGCUUCAGCCAGUCCAACAAAGUGAAACGUCACCUCGUAACUCACUCCAAGGACAGGACGUAGCUUCUUUAUUUGCAAAGAGGGUCACUUUAUAAAGUGAUACACUUUAUACAUAUGUAUGCUCAAUGUUUUUCUUUGCUGAUCAAGAACAUUUUUGGUCAUAAAUUAAGCCCCCAAAACAUGGUUAGUGGAGUAUUUAUUGUGCAUGAGGUGAUGACAUCACCUCUCUCAUGAGUGAGUUGCUGUGAGUGGACUAGCUGGUUGUUGUAAACAGAAUGUUUGUUUUUGGCAUGGUCCUUUAAUCAUGAUUUAUAUUUUUGUAAAUAAAUGUUGAAAUUAAGCAAACAUGUUUUUAUUUCUUAAUUGCUUGGAUGGAUUAAUGGUUGGUGAAAUGCAGCUACCCAAAGGGUUUUGUUUACAAUUUCAGAUUAUAUACAGACAUGCUCAAAUGUGUUGGUACGCUCAUAGCUCACUGAAAUACUUCCCCCUGAAAAGUGAUGACAUUAAAAGCUAUUGCAUCAUGUAUACAUGCAUGCAUUUGGUAUGUCAUAGAAUAAAGGAAAGAAGCUGUGAAAAGAGAUGUUAUUGUUAAUUCUACAAAUAAAUGCAAACAUUUUAAGGUAAAAGCCAUCUCCAAGCAGUUUGAUGUUUCAUGCGACAGCAGUUGCAAAUAUUAAGUUUAAGGGCUAAGGAACUGUUGCCAUUCUCCCUGGGCGCAGCCGUAAGAGGAUAAUCGACCCUGAUUGAACAAAAGGGUAGUGCAAAUGGUAGGAAAAGAACCAAGGGUAACUGCCAAAGAGCUGAACCCGCCUGAACUGUACAACAGCCUGUUCAGGAGGGUGGGACAGAG